UCCCUAGUCCAUCCUGCGGUUGCACUCGUCACUCCUCUUUCACUGUUUACUCCACAGCACCGUGUUUGGCUUAAACUGCAGCAACAAUGGCCACAGUUGGUAAGGUAAGAAGAAUUCACCAUGUGAGAUGUAACGUUACUUAGAUCUUUUUUAAGCAUGAUGUGUUGCCAUUGUUAAAUGAUAUGUUUGUUGCCAACUCAUGCACAAUCCAAAUAUGAUUGCUAUGCAAAAGAGAGUACUACUAAAACAUUGCACUUCUAUGCAUUACUACACCCUGUAACUGGUUAAAAAUUUUGCAAAAAGCAUUACGUUAAAAAGUUGUAAAUCUUAAAAUAUGCGUUGUACCCUCCCACCCUGUCCUCUACCUUUUCUCUUAGUCGCUAUUCUUGCUCAGUGAUAUACCUCACUCUAUAUCAUGUCCUGACUUGGAGUGCUAUUGAAAAAUUUCCUGUCAGUCAUCUGAUAUUUGCUGAGAGGUAGCCAGGAGUAAACACCCAUGCUUCAUGUUCUUUAUCUGUUUUAUUCUAUACUUAAGGCUGUGAACUCAAGUUAGUCUCAGGGUUGUUAAAUUCAACCUUUUGUGACCCUUGUGUUGUUUCUAGGCGCUCCUCCCAAGUAUGGUUAAACAGUGCCAGUGUCAAACUAGGUGUGUUAAUUAUUUCACAUGGUUUACCUUUGCCUUUAGGUUAUCAAGUGCAAGGCAGCAGUGGCCUGGGAGCCAAACAAGCCUUUAGUGAUUGAGGAGAUUGAAGUGGCCCCUCCUGAGGCCAAUGAAGUCCGGAUAAAGGUGAGUAAUAUGAAUUUUCACAGAGCACACAAACACAGUUUGUUACUGCACUUGUUUCUAUGACUCCAAUGGGGCUUUGUCACAUCAGAACAUAUAUUAAAAAAAAUAAACAGAGCCUCUAGAUUUUUAAACGCAGCCAAUGUUUUUUAGCCCCAGAUCAGACUUCUGCCCACUUUCUAAAUCCACUGGUUGCAAAAUGAAGUUAAAUUUUAAAAACCCCGGCAGGGAACCGACAAAGUUUGUCAGGCUGUUGUCUUAACACAUGGAUUUAGUUUUCUCAAAUACAAUACAUACAUAUAUACAUAUAUACAUAUGUAUAUAUAUAUAUAUACAUAUAUAUAUAUAUAUAGUUUGUUUGUUUUUUAAUAAUGGUCCCAUCCAUAAUAAAAUAGAGGAACAAUCAGGUAGUACUUCAGAGCACAGUUACCUGUGAUUGAUAAGCCACCAUGGUGGCCAGUCAGAAACAAAGCAUACUGUAGCGAUUUGAAUUUAUAAUUAAUGUCUGAAGAUUAAUAAUCUCAAAUUAUGACAUUUAUGCACUCGUUGAAAGGGGCAUCACCCACCCUUAAUGGUGGGAAAAAACAAAAGUUUAAUUCAGAAACCAAACAUUAAGUCAAUCUUAAAUUAAUCAAUCUCAAAAUAUCUUCCAAGAUAAAUUUGGAUGUGGAUCUGGAUGGACAUAGGAUUACUAGAAUGAGUGAAUAUCUGAGUUAUGAUCACACGAGACAGCAUCAGCCCUGUUUGGAGCUCUGGAGGUUUGCAUACUUAAGUGAGACUGGUCCUUGGAGAAGAUGGAGCAGGUACCGAAGGUCCGGGGCUACCGGCUGUUCGAGAGGUUCGGCUCAGAAGAUGACCGAAGUCAGCCGAAAGAGAUGGGCCAGGAGUUGCAGUACUCGGGCCCGAAGCAAAAACCAGCGCUGUGGAUCCUAUUCAAUGCUCCUUUUUCUCACCACAAACUCUGGCACAGAGGAUGAGUUUAGGCCUGCUGGGUGGUGUUCAGAGGUGACUUUGAAAUCACGCAGAUGACUCAGAAAAAGAGGCUCUAUAGCCAGUCUAAACUAUUUCAAAAAUGCCUUUACGAAAUUAAAGAAAAAUCUGUUAAAGGCUUUAUCUUGAAUUGCUAUGCGCACAAAAGGUUAUAGUUUCAAAACUUGAACUAAGACGAUGUUAAAGAAAAAUCUAUGUGAAUGAGGAUGUGGCGUAAAACUUAAGAAGAUUAAGAAAAAGUAAGACGAAGUAGUAAGAGCUAAGAGAGAAAAAAAGAAAGAGGGCUAAGCAGUAGAGUAAAGAGGACAAGAGGAAUGAGUGUGUGUAAGAGAGAGAGCAACCCCAAUAGUGGUUUUAUCUCCUUCACACUGGGAGUGGCUCUAGGGUGUGUGUGUGACGAGAAAGAGGAGGGGUCGUGGGGUCUCCAAGCAGAGACUCUGAUUAUUUGAUCUAACUUAUACUUUUGGCCGGUAAAAGAGUCAGAUCUGAUACUCACUCACUAUGAUUAAUAUCGUUGAAUGUUUGGUUUCAUGAUAAAUAAUUUGAUACUAAACACAUAUGAAUGAAAUUUAGAAUCACAUCAAACAUUCUCAUUAUGUUUUAAGUAUCACGUUGAACAUGCUAAAUUACUCUAAAAUGAAACAGAUAGUAACACAUGGAAACUGUGAACAACAAAAGAGUAAACACAUGUGAAUGAACUUCAUCAUGAUUAAUAAUGGAUUCUAAAUACUCACAUUCAGAUUAUUCAAUGACAUUAUAACCACCCAAUGGUUAAAAAUACUAAAUAAACGACUAAAUUAUAAACCAAACAUUUCUAAACCAUUUCUGUUACUUAGAGUAAAGCUAUGAUUCAUAGUCAAUAAAUUUAACUCUUAAAAGUUCAUGUUUCAAACAGUCUGAAAAGCUGUUGGUCUAAAGAAAUUAAAGAAUAAGGAGUUAUUCUGUCAGAGUGAUAACUUGGCUUCUGGAGCACAUAGAAAAACAGGAAACAUCUCAUUUUAACACAAAUUUCAUGAUUAGACAGAUUAGUACAUUGCUGAAUGCAUAAGAUGUCACGAUCAGUCAUUUGUAUUCUUUCACCAAAGCAAUGCAGUUUUUAUCAGUACAUGGUUGAGCAGGGUUUUACGACCGAGGUCUGUAGGUCAGUGUCCUGCUCCUCAGACCUUAUCUUGGGGUCCGUAUGUUUAAAACAGUAAAUCUCAAAUGGAAGACCUGGGUUGAGGUAUGAAUGAUUAUUUAGAUGGUCAGUGAUGGAGUCAGUUUGAAAGGUAUUAAAGACUCUGUCUCUGUUCUCUGAAUUGACCAAUCGUGACGAGUCAGAGGUUUGGUCAACCUCCGGUCGGGUCAGUUAGGUAACCUGAAAGUGCAAACAAGUCUGGAAAGAUUUAUAUCCUGUGUCCUGGGACCAGAUAAGGAAACUUUCCUGCGAGGAAGGAGUUUCACAUACAGGGUUGUCUUGAUUGCUACAAUACCCAUCCCUUAAUUUCAUCCUGGUUAAUCCUGGGGGCAAGGACAUGAAGGGCAAUUGCAUACAGUCUUUGAUUCUUUCACAACCCCGCUCAAACACAUUUACAAGGAAAGGUUACAAUUAAAAAUCAGAGUGUUUAUGUAAUAAAUGAAUGUGUAGCUAGUACUGCUGAAACAUGGAAAACAAACCCUCAUCAGUAUGCCUCCUUAAACUAGAUUUUUGUUUCAACUCUUUGAUUUUUGUCUUUGGUGCAGAUUGUGGCGACUGCAGUAUGCCAUACAGACUUAUAUCGGCUCUUUGAGGAUACAGGUGCAGCAGGCUUUCCAACAGUCCUUGGUCAUGAAGCAGCAGGGAUUGUAGAGAGUAUUGGACCUGGAGUCACUGAAAUAAAACCAGGUUGGCAUAUACAAAAAUAUGAGUAAACACAUUUGUAAGUUUGUAAACCAUCUAUUUUGAAAUGCAUGUUGAAAAUUCCAUUAUUUUGCAUAUCAAAACUGUUUCUCAGUUCAUAUUAACAACCUAAAGCAAAUCUUGACAUAAACUAUGUUGGGUUCAAAGUUAAUUGAAUAUCAAAUUAAUAUUUCACAACUUAAACACAUAUGCAACUUUGGGGUACCACCUCCAUCUAGAGAAGAAAUGGAAUAGUUAAAAGUCUUUUUAUUAAAGUUAGUGAGUCCUAUGUCAGGGAUCGCAAAUAAAAUUCUCAAUUUUUUUGUAUUUGUUGGGAAUAAAUAAUGAAACAAUAGGUUAAUAAUGAGUAGUAAUACUGAUUAUGGUAAUAAUGGUGAAGGGAAUAACACUGAUAAAUGAUGAUUGAUUGAAAAGAUGAAAAUAACAGCUAUAGUUAAAUGACUUGAAGACAACAGAAUGAAUAAAAAUGAGAUGUAAUGAGAUGGUAAAUGUACCCCCCCUUUUUAAUCAGGUAAUACAAAUAUACUGGUGUACCACCUCACUUUAAUGGUAUUUGAAUACUACAUGCUGUCCUAAAAUAUCAAAUAAUCUUUGGUCAUUUGGAACACUUAGAAAAUAGCCCUAUAUAAAAGAUACAAACACAACGUUGAAACAGUAAGUUUACUUUGGAAAACUACAUAAUGAAUGUUUGUAUGAUGUUGGAGUCACAUCAGAACCAUUUCUGAUUUUCAGGUGACAAGGUCAUUCCUCUGUUUAUUCGCCAGUGCAGAGAAUGUCGCUUCUGUAAGAGCCCAAAGACCAACCAGUGUGUGGCUGCUUGGUAAGUGUGAGAAGAGCCCACCUCCCACUGUCUGUUUUUUUUUUGUUUGUUUGUUUGUUUGUUUGUUUGUCUUUGUUUUACAUUGGUAUCUUCUGCAAAUUCAGGACAAAAAAAUACUAAUUCAUAUUUUUCUAAUUGUAUUUUCUCCUCAGGGCUAGCACUGGUAAUGCAGCAAUGGCACCGCCAAAGUCCUCAUUUACCUGCAAGGGGAAGAGAUUGAAUCAGUUUACAGGAACCAGUACCUUCGCUGAAUACACUGUGGUAAAUGAACUGGCUGUGGCAAAAAUCGACCCAGAUGCUCCUCUGGACAAAGUCUGUCUCAUUGGCUGUGGAAUCUGCACAGGAUACGGCGCAGCAGUUAAUACUGCCAAGGUAUAAAUGUUAAACUGUUGCAGCUUACCUGCAUAUUAUUUGACAGAAACAGUGGACUUCAGUAAGAAGUGCAUUGAUUUGGCAACUUUUAUGACACAAGAAAAAACACUUGAUUGAGAAAAAUGAUUGCUCAUAUAAAAGAAAAUAUUUCCACUUAUUUUUGUCUGUGUAAACAUCAAAUACAAUGAUGACCAAAAUCUGUUUUAUUUUAGGUUGAACCAGGCUCCACAUGUGCUGUGUUUGGACUGGGAGCUGUGGGUUUGGCUGCUGUCAUGGGCUGCCAUGCUGCAGGAGCCAAGAGGAUUAUUGCCGUUGACAUCAAUCCAGAUAAGUUUGAAAAGGCCAAGGUGUUUGGAGCGACAGACUUCGUGAAUCCAAAGGAUCACAACAAGCCCAUCAGCGAAGUGCUGUCUGAGAUGACGGAUGGAGGAGUAGAUUUUUCCUUGGAAUGUGCCGGGAGUGUGGCAGUCAUGGUAGGAAGAGCUUUCAUUCACAGUUUUUCUCAGAUCUCGGUAGUGAAUAUGCAUAUCCCUCAAAAAUGUUCCAAAUUUCAUACUUCAACUUACAAACAGUAUUAUCUUUCAUGCUUUACAGACGUUGAAUGUCAGUACUUGCAGACUUUCAUUUAUUUGCUAGCUAGCUUAAUGCAAUUGUGGAUUACCGUGGCAACUACUAAGAAAUUAGUUUCUUCUUUUCAUGUUCCCUUUUUUUAAUGCAAAAGGAAAUUUUAAAUUGCACGUGAUGUCAAGGCAAAAAAGAAAAAGAAAGUUAGAAUUUUGAGCAGCACUGCACAGAACAAGAAAAAAUAUGUAGUGUGUUGGUAUAAACAGACUUUCUAAACAGACUAACCCUAACCCUGAUCAUGACAGUUCAGUAAUAAAACUACAAUAAAAGUAUUGAUUUCAUGGCUGUAGUAUUUUCUUACAUCAUAAUAACACUAGACUGGUGGAAAAUGAAAAAAAAACCAAAACAAAACACUUCGACACACAAGACAGAACACCUCAGCUGGGUAAUGCACUUGUUUUCACCAUGUCUCACCUCACCACCAGUAAAAAUGAUCCUGUAAGAAAAAAGGCAGUUAUAUUAUUUUGAUCAGGCACUUUACCAUCACUAAGGUUGCAGCUCUUACUGUGAGUUGAAAAGACUAUUUCUAGGAAUAAGGGUGUGGGUUUCAGAAGACGCAUACUUAUACUCAUACUAGUUCCAAAUUUAUGUUUUUUGCCAAAUGAUUGAAUUCUUAGGUAAAUCGUUGUGUAUUCUGCAUCACAAGCAGGUUGGUAGAUGAGACAGGACCUCUCUGUUUUUCACUGGGAUUCUGUUCCCUCUCAGUUUCAUGUAAGGGCUAAUCAACAGUGACACCAAAUUGGACCAGAAGGACCCCUUGCAUAAAAUGUAAGCUGCUUGUCUCACCGUGAGGGGAUUACUCUACUGCAACAACCAGCUUACUGUACAUUACAUGAAUCAUUACAUGGCUACUUAUUCAAGAAAUCAGAAAUCAUACUCAAAGUACCACCCUUGAAAUUAUUUUACUGAUUUAAAGAUGAUUAUAUUUGAUUUAUUGAAAAUAGUCCUUAUUACUUAGUCUGCACUGUAAUCAAUGUAAUAGCUAAGUCUGUAGCCUUCUUUAAGUGGGUUAACUAAGCAGUGAUUCUUCACAUCAAAAUUAGUAUUUCCACUGAUGGUAAGGUGAGACAAGGUGAAAGUAACUGUCUGAACUAGUGCAGUAUCUAACUACUGCAGCUGACUACACUAUCUUCUAUUUAGUGUGAAUUUGUCUGAUGAGACAAGGACAGAACUGCAUCAAUCAGUGCCACAAUAUAGCAGUGGUCUGCUAAUGAGGAAUAGCAGGCCAUGGCUUCCUGUAAAAAAUACCCGUGUAGUGACCAAUUGGAAUUAAGUGCUUCAGACAGCAAUCAUGUAAAAUGCCAUAACAACCCUCUCAACCAUACUGUAUCCAUUACUUUACAGCAAAACAAUAGAAAUUAACUUGACACUUAUAAUCUUGUAGACAUCAACAACCAAUUAGAGUUGAAACGGUACAUAGUUGUGUUUUUAUUUGGACUAUUUAUGUUCACACUUUAAACUGUGCCAAAAAAAAAAAAUUGUCUCUCCAUCCAGCGCAGUGCUUUGGAGUCUUGUAUUCAGGGUUGGGGUGUCAGUGUGAUCGUUGGAUGGACAAACCUGGAAGAUGUUUCUGCUCGACCAAUUCAGAUGAUAAGUGGACGCACUUGGAAGGGUUCUGUGUUUGGAGGUAACACAGCUAUGACCAUCAUUAAAGAUGAAUACAUCUCUUAAACACAUCAGGCUGUCGUCUAAUAUUCUGUAUUUUCCAGUUUAUUAAGUAUGUAUGUAAUUAUUUUGACAUUUGUUGUAUUUUAUACUCAGGCUUUAAAGGACGGGAUGAUGUUCCCUCAAUGGUUAAAGCCUACAUGGACAAAAAGCUGAAGCUUGAUGAGUUUAUCACUCACAACUUGCCUUUGGAACAAAUCAACGAUGCCAUUGAAAUGAUGAAAAAUGGCAAAUGGUAAGUUUGUAGUCUUUCUCACACUUCAUUAACAACCAGAGCUGAACUCUAUCAAAGCUAAAUUGAGUCUGCUAAUAUAUGUUUUUUUCUUUUUUCUUUUGGUUCACAGCAUCCGGACAGUCCUCAACAUUUCUACAGAAUAGGAGACCACAAACAGAACAGUUAUGAUCACUUCCUCAUCCAAAAUCUGAGAUUUAUAUUUUUCUCUCUACUGCUAUAGAAAAGUAAUCCAUCAAAAUUUGCCCCAAAUUCCCCACUUUUAGUAAAUUAUAAAAAUAAUAAUGCAUCAGAUUUCAUAUAGCGCUUUAUCAGAGACCCUCAAAGCGCUUUACAAUUAUGUGAAAACCAUGUGAGAAACAUCUGCUGUGCUGAUAUUAGGCAAAGGAUAAACAUGUAAAUGUGUUUACAGGGCAAAAUAAAUACUCCAGAGGGAGGGGAUCUGUGGCUUUGUUGUUUGUUGACUGCUUUGUACUCUGCUGUAUGAAACUAGUCCUGCAUAAACAUGUCUACCACGUCUGUUGUCUCUGUCAACACCUUAUUAAACCAUUUGUAAGGAUCUUAUCAA